GUCCGCUUGCCUGGGAGCAUCGCGUGCCAGAGCCAUGGCCCAGGAGCUUUACCAUGCGGAGUUCGCCCGGGCGGGCAAGGAGGCAGGGCUCCAGGUCUGGAGGAUCGAGAAGCUGGAGCUGGUGCCGGUGCCCAAGAGCGCCUACGGCAGCUUCUACGUCGGGGAUGCCUACCUGGUGCUGCACACGACCAAGGCGAGCCGGGGCUUCACCUACCGCCUGCACUUCUGGCUCGGAAAGGAGUGUACCCAGGAUGAAAGCACAGCAGCUGCCAUCUUCACUGUUCAGAUGGACGACUAUUUGGGUGGCAAGCCAGUGCAGAGUAGAGAACUGCAAGGCCAUGAGUCCACUGACUUUGUCAGCUAUUUCAAAGAAGGUUUGAAAUACAAGGCUGGAGGUGUGGCAUCUGGACUAAAUCAUGUUCUCACAAACAACCUGACAGCUGAGAGGCUCCUACAUGUGAAGGGUCGGAGAGUGGUCAGGGCCACGGAAGUACCCCUGAGCUGGGACAGUUUCAAUAAGGGUGAUUGCUUCAUCAUUGACCUUGGAACAGAAAUUUACCAAUGGUGUGGUUCUUCAUGUAACAAAUACGAGCGGCUGAAGGCAAGCCAGGUUGCCAUUGGCAUUCGGGACAAUGAAAGGAAAGGAAGAUCUCAACUAAUUGUUGUAGAAGAAGGAAGUGAACCAAGAGAGCUUAUAACGGUUUUAGGGAAAAAGCCAGAGCUUCCAGAUGGAAAUGAUGAUGAUGACACCAUAGCAGAUAUAGCUAACAGGAAAAUGGCUAAACUCUAUAUGGUUUCAGAUGCCAGUGGAUCCAUGAAUGUGACCGUGGUGGCAGAAGAAAACCCCUUCUCCAUGGCAAUGCUGCUUUCUGAGGAAUGCUUUAUUUUGGACCAUGGUGCUGCAAAACAAAUUUUCAUAUGGAAAGGUAAAAAUGCUAAUCCUCAGGAGAGAAAGGCUGCAAUGAAGACAGCUGAAGAAUUUCUAGAGCAAAUGAAUUAUUCCACCAAUACCCAAAUUCAAGUUCUUCCAGAAGGAGGUGAAACACCAAUCUUUAAACAGUUCUUUAAGGACUGGCGCGAUAAAGAUCAGAGUGAUGGCUUCGGGAAAGUAUAUGUCACAGAGAAAGUGGCUCAAAUAAAACAAAUUCCAUUCGAUGCCUCAAAAUUACACAGUUCUCCGCAGAUGGCAGCCCAGCACAAUAUGGUGGAUGAUGGUUCUGGUGAAGUGGAGAUUUGGCGUGUAGAAAGUAAUGGUAGGAUUCCAAUUAAUAAAAACUCAUAUGGUGAAUUUUAUGGUGGUGACUGCUACAUUGUACUAUACACUUAUCCCAGAGGGCAGAUUAUCUACACAUGGCAAGGAAGAAAUGCCACGAGAGAUGAGCUGACAACAUCUGCCUUCCUGACUGUUCAGUUGGACCGGUCCCUUGGAGGACAGGCUGUGCAGAUCCGGGUCUCCCAAGGCAAGGAGCCUACUCACCUGCUGAGUUUGUUCAAAGACAAACCACUCAUUAUUUACAAGGAUGGAACAUCAAAGGAAGGCGGUCAGGCACCUGCUCCCCCUAUCCGCCUCUUUCAAGUCCGGAGAAACCUGGCAUCUAUCACCAGAAUUAUGGAGGUUGAUGUUGAUGGAAGUUCAUUGAAUUCCAAUGAUGUUUUUGUCCUGAAACUGCAACAAAAGAAUGGCUACAUCUGGAUAGGAAGAGGUGCUAGCCAGGAGGAGGAGAAAGGAGCAGAGUAUUUGGCAAGUGUCCUCAAGUGCAAACCCACAAGGAUUCAGGAAGGGGAGGAACCAGAGGAAUUCUGGAGUUCCCUCGGAGGGAAAAAAGACUACCAGACCUCUCCACUGCUAGAAACCCAAGCCGAAGACCAUCCCCCUCGGCUUUAUGGCUGCUCUAACAAAACUGGAAGGUUCAUUAUUGAAGAGGUUCCAGGAGAAUUCACCCAGGAUGAUCUAGCAGAAGAUGAUGUCAUGUUACUAGAUGCUUGGGAACAGAUAUUUAUUUGGAUUGGCAAAGAUGCUAAUGAAGCUGAGCGAACAGAAUCUCUGAAGUCUGCCAAAAUGUACCUUGAAACAGACCCUUCCGGAAGAGACAAGAGGACACCAAUUGUCAUCAUAAAACAGGGCCAUGAGCCACCUACAUUCACAGGCUGGUUCCUGGGCUGGGAUUCCAGCAACUGAUAAAACAGAUUUUUACGUAAAAACAUAAAUAUGGGGUAGCUGUCCCACUGCUGUUCUGGAGAAAAAAAAAAGUUUUUUUGUUUGCUUUUGGAAAUUAACCUCAACCAUGUGGUUAUUUUUUUAUUGCCUAGUAUUGGUUUAAAAAUCUGUUUAAACUGGGGUUUUCUAAUGUCAAUGUAUUAGAAUGACCUGAAGUAAACUUUUGUUAUGGACCAAUAUUAGCUCUUCUGGAAACUGAUUUAUAUCUUUUUAUAUGGCCUUUUAAAAGUGAAAAGCUUUGUGCAGUUUAGCAGGACUCAUCAAGUAGAAAUUUUUACAAUUCAGCAGCCAUUAGACAAACUUGUUCUUUAAAGUGUCAGAGAAGAAAGCCAUAAUGUCUUAGAGAUUAUUCUCUUUUCUAUGUAUUGUGUUCAAAAGCAUUCUAUAUUCACAGUAAGAUUUAUGUUAAGGUAGCUUUAAAAGUUUGUUGUUUUCCUUCUUUAGUCAAUAUGAUCUUUGAUGUCAUUAACUCUUCAGUGUCAUUUUCUAAGAUAAACUUUACUUUUUUUGCCUUUUUAAAAGCCUUUGAAAGCACAGCUCUUUCAUGAAACAUUAAUUUGUAUUCUUAUUCACUUAGGUAUAUAUAUAUUUGAUACUAUAUAUGUUUAAUAUCACAAAAUAUAUGUAUAGGAAAACUUCUUUGCUAAUGCUGUC